UAUCACUUCUUGCCAACACUUGCCCUUCAGAUAGAAUGGAAUAGUAAUACAGGCUGCUUUAUCUCUAAUCUGCACAUCAGAUAUUUUAGAAAAUGUGGUGUUUCCUGAUGAACGUGGCUCCUGUCGUAAUAUUUAAAACUCUUGCAGAAUCCUUCUAUGAAGCAACACUCCUGAUGGUCGUGUACAGUCGUUGCAAUGGCACAAGAGAUAACAUCACUCAUAAUGGGAUGCAGUCUGAAUCUGCACAGUUCUAUCUUAUUUAUUACAUAAUUUCAUAUUUAGUUCCACUACUGCCUGCAAUGUUUUUGGGGAAUUUGGCAGAUAGGAGUAGUUAUAAAAUUCUGACUGUAAUCCCCUUACUUGGAUAUCUUCUAGGAAGAUCAUUUCUCCUGUUUACUGAGAUCUUUGAACUGCCGAUAUACGUUAUGUUCAUAGGAAAUACUAUCACUGGACUUUGUGGAGGAUAUCCAGCAUAUUGGACAGGUAUCAGUGCCAUCACUGCUUUAAGAUCGACAAACAACAACCGCAGUGUAAGGCUGAGUUCCAUGGAUUUUACAUCUGGGAUGGCAGCAUUGCUUGGUAGUAUAUUGUCUGGACAUAUCUUUAUGGUAAAAAAUAAUCACACUGGGUUACCUAUAACAGUUCUGUGUUUGACCCUGUAUACAUUAAGUGUGGUAUACUCAGCAUUUAUAAUGAAAUAUCCAUCUGUUACUGGAAGUGAGAAGAAAAGGCUUCUGCCUUCCCCAAGUGAAGAAAAGGACAUGAGAGCUAUUUUUUAUUUGUUUGCUGCUGCAAAUAUUUUUUAUCUUGGCAUGCUUGGUGGGGAGAAUGUGAUCUCCCUGUUUGUUCUAAAGCCCCCACUCAGCUGGGAUGCAGUCUGGGUAGGGUACGGAAAUGCUGCAGCCAAUAUGAUGUACUUCACCAGUUUUCUAGGAGUGCUGAUUGGUUCCAAGUACCUGAGUGACACUUCUCUUAUCCAUAUAGGAAUUGUAUCUAACUGUGCUGGAAUGGUAAUGAUGGCUUCAGUGAACCAAACCUACCUCUUCUUUGUUGCUCGAGGUGUUAUGAUGUUUUCUUGUGUUCCGUUGCCAACCAUGAGAUCACAGCUUUCUAAGGUCACAGAUGAAGCCUCUUAUGGAUACACCUUUGCCUGGAUGCAGUCUUCCACAGCGUUCAUGUCUGUUAUCUCAACUAUAGUGUUCAACUCUGUCUAUCCAAUUACUCUGGAGUGGUACAGUGGAUUCUGCUUGCUGCUUUCAGCUGGAAUCAGCCUGCUGAGUAUGCUUCCGACAUGCUUUUUUCAUUUUAGAAUGAAACAAAUUGGUUAUGCUAGAAUUUCUGAAGAAUAAUGAAAUCUAAGACAUUUACAACCAUCUCUACCUAAAUCUAAGUCGACAUUCAACAAAUUCAGAUGCUCUUUAUGUAUGCAGAAGUGUGAUAUUUACUGCUAUACAUUCUUUAUCUUUUUCAAAUCAUUGCAUAUGUCAUCCUGCAAGUUAUUACAACCUUCUCAACAGGAAUUAAAAUCUGUGCCAACUGUACAUUUUUAGUGUUGCUGAUUUUCCAACUUUUAAAUAUUAUUGCAAUAAGCUGCAAAAAUGAAAUGUUUUGGAAUGGAUUGGAUAAUAAGCUACUUAUAAAUGUAUUUGUUUUUUAAAAAUGUAUUUCUUUUGUAUCACUUGAAUGAAUGCAAAAGCAGUGUAAUAAGGAACCACAAAGUAAGAGAGAUGCAUAUUAAAUAAUCAGUUACCCCUAUUGGUAGACAGAUGAGCAGGAAUUAAAAUGCCCUUGUGCAUUGGUAAAUAACUGAGGGUCAAAUUUCAUGUCUGCUCUAAGGAUGCACUAAACAAAGUCAACAUGUACCCAUUCAGUAGGAUAGUUCUUUAACAGUCCUUCUGUCUGAGUCCAAAGUAGGCUUCUUGACUGAGGGCUCGUUCUUCAGUUUUCUAGAACUAGAUUGAAGGUGGGAAAAGGGGUACACAUAUUUGAUGGUGGCUGAUGGUGAGGUAGUGGGUUGUCAUCUAAAUCUGCACGAGCCAUAUCAUUGCAGAAUCACUUCCCAAGCACUUUGCAGUCUCACUUUUCAAAGGCAAUGUCUACAGUAUUGUGCUACCAUAUAAUAUUGAAUACAGAUGAUUACAUUAUAGUUAUGCAAAUGCACCGAUAUCUUAUGUUGUGUAUGCACAGCUUUGAAAACUGCCAUCUACAUCUAAAGGAUGCUUUCACUCAUGAUGACCUUUUUGCAUGCAAUAAUAACAUAAGUUAUGCCAUAUGGCAGCUUUCACAACAGGGUUACACUUGUUUUUCUGAAUUUUGUGUAAUAAUAAUAAUAUGCAAGAGGAUAGCUUAUUCAAGUGAGCUGUUACAAAUACCUACAGAUUACCACUGACAGUGUUUAUUUUUUUUCCUGCAAAGACAUGCACACACAAACACUCACACAGGCUCAAACCAGCUACUGUCUCCAUAGACAAAUAUUAUCAAACUAUAUAAUACACAGGGAGCCAGAAAUGAUUUCUGUCUUUACUGUGCAUUCAUCUUUGUACAUAAACUGCUCUUCUAAAUUUACCACUGCCCCCCUCCCAUAGCCAAACCUUCAAGCUGGCAUUUUGGGUCUUACAACUGCCCUGGCAUAUCAUACCCUAUUAGUGGGUAAAAAGAUAGCCCAUCAGUUUUAUCCAGUUUUAUGAAAUCAUGUGUCAGUCAUGAUUUUUAAAAAGACAUUGACUGUCCCAUUUGUAAAAUGAGAUUGCUAUAAAUAGGAUCUCUCCUUAACUCAUAAAGUGCACAGUAACCCUGGACUUGAUUAUAUUUGCAACUGCGACAAAGAGGGCACAAUGACCUGUAGAGGACUUUCCAUUCCAUGAAAGAAUAGUUUAGAAAUUUGCAGCUGAACAGACUUUUGACUAGCUUGCUUUGAUUGAAAAUUAACCUGGUUUUGCCAAUAUCAAAGAAAUGGUAGGGAAUUUAACACUGUGCCUUAUUAAGAUAAUUGAUCUAUCACUCACCCCCAUGUCACACCAGAAGAACAUCUCUCCUUCACUUUCUUUAUAUCCCUUUCUGUCAGACCUCCAUAGCUCUGCACAUCCCAGAGCAUUUUUUUUUGCUUUCAAGAUAUCCUCUCCAUCAAACUGGCCCUGCUUGGUAGCCUUCUUUGCAGUUUAUGUUGUUAAUCUCCUCAUCUACUCUGACAUGUCAGACAUGCUUGUGCCUUCUGCAUAAUUAUUUCACUUUACAGAGAUGAUCACUGUUACUUCAUAGCAUGCCUCUGCUAAAAAUGACAACACAGUAUAGAUGUACACAAGAAUACUCAGGUUAUGAUGAAGGUUAAAUCAUGCUAAGUGUCUUCCCUCAUCCAUUACUCAGGGAUAGCUGGGCUAGGCAUCCCGUAACUAGUAGUCUUCAACAAUAUUAGCAGGUGUCCACAGAAAGCAGCAGGCACAAUCUGAAAACAGAGUCACAGUCUAGAGAUAUGCUCACAGAGCUCCUGCAGUUUUCCCUUUUUCAUUUGACAGCUAAUAGUACAGUCUAGCAUCAGUUCAUCUCUGCUGACUUGCAGUCAAUAAAUUAGAAACAUGAACAUGAAACCCUUUAGGGCUCCAUAGUACGACACACAAUUACCCAAUCCUUCCUCUAUCCCUUGGUAGAGCUCUCGAGGACCUGCCCAGUCUUCCCUUCACAGAUGACCAUGACAUGAAUUAAAUCCAUUUCAAAAUUUCCAAAUCAAUGCUAUGGGCAUUGAAAUAUCUCAACAGAGUCAUUGCAUUAUUUUUUUUUAACCUGGUAGUAAGACAAUCACUGUGCUCAAAAAUGCUCACAUACAGUAGAUGUUGCUUGCUGCCUCUGACUAAUAAAAUCAAUUCAAAAAUAUAAUUUUUAACUAAUGCAACUUGCACAACAGUGACUUUGUAUAGAAUUUUUUUUUUUUUUUAACUCUUUGCUCACAUGAUUAAAAGCUGUUGAAUAUCAAACCUUUUUUUUAAAUGUAAAUAAAUAAAAUAAA